AUGGCAGACUCGUACACGGAGCUGGAGAAAGCGGUGGUCGUCCUGGUGGAAAACUUCUACAAAUACGUCUCCAAGCACAGCCUGGUCAAGAACAAGAUCAGCAAGAGCAGCUUCCGGAAGAUGCUUCAGAAAGAGCUCAACCAUAUGCUGACGGACACGGGGAACCGAAAGGCUGCUGACAAGCUCAUCCAGAACCUGGAUGCCAACCACGACGGACGCAUCAGCUUUGACGAGUACUGGACCUUGAUAGGCGGCAUCACUAGUCCUAUCGCCAACCUGGUCCGCCAGCAGGAGCAGCAGAGCAGCAGCUAG